CAGAGUGGAGAACUACUCAUAGGGACACUCUAAUCAAGCUUAGUGUUAACUCUUUUAAAGCUUCAGCAGCUUCGACUCCAAUGAAUUCGAUGGAAGUUAUUUUUCUUCUCUUCCUUCUUGGGCCACUGUUUUCAGUUAAUGGAUCCGUGUAUGACGAUUAUGAUUCUCGCCUUAAAAAGUUAUAUAAUUACCCUAUGGUGACUGGUUUGACCCCAGAAUUAAUAGGUGAGAAUCCCAACAGAAUCUAUAUACGUCCAAAAGACGCAUUUCACCCACAGUAUUUUGCGAUAAAACGCAUGGAGGAUAAGUCACUGGACGAAUCAUCUCCUCCGGGUUUUCUCGGGGCUCGUGGACGUCGGGGUUACCAGUUGCCUCUGGAUCGGAAGAACAUUCCAACAGAAUUCGCUGUCUCCCGUUGGAGAAGAAAUGAUGAUGUUUUUUUUAACCUCGAGAGAGGUAAUGCUCCUGCUGAAAACGCUGCGUAUGGAUAUACUUUCCUGCACUCAAACGGGCACAAGAAAAGUAGUCCGGUGUCACCAGAUUACUUAGAACGUUUUCUGGGAGUUAGAGGAUAAAAAGACAAAUGUGUAUUAUUUUCGCUUUCUAGUAGAGUCACUUAAGACUUCUGUUUGGACUCUGUCUUGACUUGUAGCUGAUUGUUUGAUGAAUAAAGCUUUCAACGGUCUACCUA